CCCUCAUGUGUUUUCGCCUUCAGGAGGGCUGGUGGUGCCGCCGGAGGAGCAGGAGUCGAUGAACUGCCUCAUGGCGAAGGAACUCUGCGACAAGGACGCCAACUGCUCCGCGCUGCUCAAGGUCAUCCCAGUCCUCUGCGGCCCCGAGCUAGUGGCGUGCUCGACGGUGACGGUGACGCGGUGUGAGGCGGCACUCCGGACCCUCGCCCUGUUCCCCUGGUUCUCGCCUAACUGUAUGUGUCGCCAGGAGCCUAGACUCGCCCCGCAGUGCAACGACUUCAGGGACCUCCUCUUCGACCACCCCUGCCUCUUCUUCUCCAGGAAAGACGAGGACGCGGUUCCACUCCCUCACAUCCCGGCGUGUGGACGCGCCGCCGAGAUCUGCCGCGAAUACCCGGGGUGCAGCUCCCGCCUCGACCGCUUCAGGGAGGCGUGCAAGUCCCGCGAGGGCCACUGCCGGAAGAAGUCGCGGUGCGUGGAGGCGUGGCGGGAUAUGCGGGACACGCCCCUCGUCGGUUGCAUCUGUCCUGACGGCGGAGACAGGAAGUGCUCGCGCGUCUACUCCAUGUUCAACCACUCCCCUUGCCUGGUCCAUUCACCACCAGGGGGAGCAUACCCAGCAAGAGUCGCCGCCAUGUCCAGGGUCUCCCAGAGGUUGGACACGACCCUCUCCCGCCAAGUCCCCAUCCCCACCUCGGCCCCCUCGCUCUUGGUGGUCUCAGCCUCACACAAGGACCCGCUCUACCCGCUCUCCACCAUCUACCACUACCUCCAGCAUUUGCCGCAGGGAGGCGGGGACGACGGCAAGACCUCGGUGGGCCACGCGGACCAGCUCAAGGACACCUGCGACGUGGCCCUGCACCUGUGUCUGGCCGACGAGGUGUGCACAAGCCACAUGAAGGCGAUGCACAGUCACUGCGACGCGUACUGCCACCCCGAGGCUUGCCGCAACGCCAUCCACGACCUCUACAAGUCCCUCAAGGAGACCAAACGUGACCUGGCCCUGCAAAUUGCCUUCUGUGUGUGCAGAGUAAGGGAAGACCGAGAUGACAGCCCAUGCCACCUCGCCCAGAAACGGCUGCAUCCGUCCUGUGCCCUCAGCGUGGAGUCCCUGCCCGUCUCCCAGUGCCACCACCUCGGCCAGGACUGUCGCACGGAUAGGGUCUGCAGGUACAGUCUAGAACAAUACGAGGUAGGCUGCGCAUCUGACCUGCUAACGGGCGUGUGUGCAGGCAGCGUGGAGUCUUGCAGGAUGGGCGUGGUGGGCUUGCUGGGGACGCGGCUACACACGGCAUGCGACUGUAAGCAGGAGGGCGUGAGGGAGGUAAACCAGUGCCUGUCGUGGAAGAGACUGCUGUGGGGGAACCCAUGCGUUGUGGAGUCUCAGCUAACAUUCCACAUAGAGAAGAGGAAGGAGAAGGAGAAGGAGGAGGCGAAGAGAAGGAAGCAACUGGAGAAGGAAGCGGAGGCGGAGGCGGAGGCGGAAGAGGCGGAAGAGGAGGAGGAGGAAGUGGAGGAGGGAGAGGAAGGAGGGAGAAGGAGAGAAGAAAACAACAAACAUAUUCUCUUCGGCGGCAACAAGUUUAGCAGGAAGGGAAUGCGAGGAAGAGGAGGAGGAGGAGGAGGGAAGAUUCAGAUAGGUGAGGGUCGGCGGCCGGUUGGGGGCGUUGUGCACCCCUCACCCGGGGGGGGCACCGAGGGGGGGCAGCUCGACCCUAAGCUAGGGGGAGCGGUCGUGACCCUGGGGGAGGAAACCGAGCAGUGGGUCCUUCCCUUCACGCCUCCCCCGCCCCACCUCCCUCCCCCAGCCCCCCCUCUCCUCCCCACCAUCCCCCCAAGCACCACCACCACCUCCACCACCACCACGCCGCCACCACCACCACCACCACCAACACCGCCACCUACUACUACCACCACAACCACCACCACCACGACUACCACCCCCCCGCCAACGACUUCUACGACCACUACCACUACGACCACGACGACCACCACCACCACGACCACCACCACCACCACCACGCCCACCACCACCCUGCCCGAACGCUACUGCAAGAUCGUCAAGGAGUGGGAGUCGAGGCCACGUAUUCUGGAGCCUGACGAGAGCAUACGGCUCUACGUGAAGGGCGACAAGGACUGCACGGAGAUCUGCUUUUGCGAGAACCACGACCAGUUGAAAUGCAAGGUGCUAGGAUGCGUGGAGAACAAGCCGUGUGAGACAGACUUCGCCGUGUACAAUCACAACGCGCCGGCCUACCAGUACAACCGUGGCCAGUGCAUCUGUUACUCCGGGGAAUUCAUCUGCAUGAGACCCAGAACCAAGGAGUACCACCAGCAGCUUCCCAUGGGCCUGUUCCUGAUGGUCGGGUUCAGCCGGCGGGAGGAAUCGCUGCUGAGCCAGGAGACGAAGGGCGGAGUGAUGGAUGCCCUUGGGCAACUUAAGCUUAUGUUCAGCACUCUGUCCUCGGAGAUGGGGGAGGAGUGCCGCCUCGAGCUCUUCCAACAGACCCACGACAACUUGGUGCUGCAGGUCCGCCACGUACAGCUGUCCUCAGGCAUCGGGGGCCAGAACUACACCCGGUACAUGCUGCAGGAAGAGGUGAACCGCUGCGAGCAUCCCGUCAACGAACUGGUGGAGAUGAUCAACAAGAGGGACUCCAAAAUCCACCACCACGUUCGCCUCUCCCUCUUCGUCAUGGCGGAGCUCAUCGACACUUUACCCAACCCGCAGCAGUUCAACGCCGCCCCUUCCACGCUUCUAGGACCUACGGGCGGCUGGGGGCGGGCGUGGGCGGCGGGCGUGGCUUCGGUGCUGGCUGGGCGACUUCUAAGCGACCCCGGCGUUGGUUUAGCCUUGAGAAUAGUCGAGGGUUUGGCCGACUUCGCGUGGUACAGGAGACCAAGGGCUGCGCGACAUGGUGCCUCCUGCAUAGCCUCGUGAUCCUGGCAUUUGGAGUACCUCAGGAUAGGUUUUUGAGGGUUUUUGAUAGCGAUACCGUCUCCUCCUCCUCUCCUCCUCCUCCUCCUCUGCCGAAGAAUUAGUAGCGGAGGGGAGUGGAGUGAAGUUACGUGCGUGUGCGUGGAGUGAGUGGUGUGUGGAGAGGAUGCGGGGAGUGAGUGGAGAGGUUUGUUGUGUUGUGGAGUGACUUCUUGUAUGAUGGCGUGCUUUGGCGAGGGACGAAGAGAGGAAGGAAGGAAGGAAGGGAGUGGAAGAUGAAUUAAAGAAGGAAAAGAAAGAGCGAAGGAAGGAUUACGAGAGGAAGAAAUGAAGUAAAAAGAUGAACUUAGGAAGGAAAGGAAAGAAUAAAGGUUGGAGAGAGGAAGAAAGGAAUAGAUGAGCUAAAUAAAGAUAGUGUUAAGUACGGAAGGAAGAAGAAAGGUAGUGAAAGAUAAAGAAAAGGACGAAAAGAGUGAAUGAAUGUCGGAGGAAGGCAGAAAGAGAGUAAAAGAUGAAUUACAGAAGGAAAGGGAGUGAAAGAAGAAAUCAAAAAGGAAACGAAAGAGUGAAUGAAGGAUUGAGGGAGGAAGAGAAGUAAACUAUGAACAAAUGGAGGAAAAUAAUGAGUGAAUGAAUAUAAUAUAAUAUAAUAUAAUCUCAAGAAAAGAAAGAGGGAGGAAAGUAAGGGAAGGGAAACAGGAAUAGACUGACGGUGUGUAUGCAUGGGGGUUAAUGUGCAUGUGUGUGUGUGUGUGUUUAUGGUCAUUACCUAAGCAUUUGACACCCCAGCAGGCCUCCACACCUAUGCCCAGCACGCACCAAGCACAGGCUCCUCACGCACUGACGGAGGAAGCUGGAGGCAUAAGUGGAGGCCAAGAGACUGGGGGUUACAUAGGGCCGCUUGGUGUCGCCCGCGCAAGUCCGCACCGAUGUAAACAAAAAACCGUACGUCUUCGGAGACUGUACUCGGAGGUCACCCGCGAUAAAGAAGCACAAUAAUGGCAAAACUAUAACCGGUAUUCUAGGGGAGGAGGCGGUGGCUGAGUGGUUAGCGUGCCGGCGCCGCGUCCAGGAGCACCCGGGUUCGCGUCCCGAUGCCGCCACAAGCUGGGAUUUUUCAUUCACCGCCGAGUGGCCCAAGACUACCCACAUGCUGUCCAUAAGACCACCUAUCAACCCGGACUCCGAUUCCCGCUCUAAACUUCUAAAGAGAGGAUCAGUAAUGAGCUCCGGGGGCAGCAUGAGUCAAGCAAGAUGGUGCCGCUAUAAACACUUGUCUGCGCCACAACGGGCUGGGGCACACCAUCAGGCCCUUCCAAGAAAGCCAACCAGCGCCAUAGGCAGAAACUUAAUCUUCUCUUACAUCAAUCAUUUCUAGAGGCUGAAGAAAAGAAAGGUUAAACGCGUCCCCAUGAGCGUUUCUUUACGUUGUCAAACUACCACCACCAGGGUCAUAAAGCUACCUGUGGAAAGGCCCCCGACAACCCCUAUGAAAGCCUUGUUAUAGAAUGCUUGGGCGACUAAAGGCUUAAGAAUAUGACUACUAUAACCUAACCUCACCUAUGUGUCAAAACGAAGCUCAGUAAGUGUAGAGGCUCAGGUGAACGAACGUAAUACUGGCGGCGGUCGGUUGGUACGUUCGUUAAUCAAUACGUUCGUUAAUUCGCGUCAUUAAUGUGUCGGUGUCGUGUUCAUGUCAAGGUGUGUGUGUAAGCGAGGUACUGCACGUGUCUGUCUGCCUGUCUGUCUGUCUCUUCCAAGCUGUGUGUGGCGGGAGAUAGAGAAAGAGGGAGAGAAAGUAAGGGACAGAGAGAGGAAGGGAGUAAGCAUAUGUGUUUCUUUCUUUUUAGGGCUGUAAUCUGUGUCUAGAAUUGAAGAAAUAAACAGAGAGAGAAAGAGAGCAAGUACAUAUGUUUCUUUCUCUUCUGGACUGUAGCUUGUAACGAGAGAUAAAGAGACAGAGACAGAGAGAGAUAGAGAUCAAACAUAUCAGUUAUUCUCUCUUCUGAACAAUAUAUGUCGACCAAGAAAGAGAGACAGAGAGAGAAAGAGAGCAAGUACAUCUGUUUCUUCCUCUUCUGGACUGUAGCUUGUAACGAGAGAUAAAGAGACAGAGAGAUAGAGAUCAAACAUAUCAGUUAUUCUCUCUUCUGAACAAUAUAUGUCGACCAAGAAAGAGAGACAGAGAGAGAGAAAUAGAGAAAACAUAUCACGGUUUCGUCACUCGGUCGUCUCGUAAUUGAAGUCUAGGCUAACGAAGUGUGCCUAUCAGCCGCGCCACUCACGGACACACACACGAGAAGGCCACCGUACGUUUUUUGCGCCGGACUUCCUUGCGCCGUACGUACUAUAAAAAAAAUUGCACCGUGUGAGUGAGAGGAAGUGUGUGUGUGUGUGUGUGUACGCUAAAGAAGAAAGAGCAUAUCAACCGCACCACUCACGGACACACACACGAGAAAGCCGCCGUACGCUCCUGUGUCGUACGUACUAGCACUGUAUAAGUGAGAGAGGGAGUGUGUGUGUGUGUGUGUGUGUGUGUGUACGCCGUGUUCGCGCCGUCAGUGUUGUCGCCGAAGCCAGUAGCAAGAGGAAGGUUGUUUGCUCGUCGUGUGACCAUCUCAGACCUCGAAGUAGCAGCUGAGGCAUAACACGACGAGCUGGAGCGAGCGAGGGUUGACUGGAAAAAACUAAAACCUGAAAAAAAAUGAAGGAAAGAGAAAUAAAAGAAUGGAAACUAGGAACACUAAAGAAUCAAGAGAAAGAGCUAGGGGGUCACCAAAGCAUAACACGACGAGCUGGAGCGAGCGAGGGUUGACUGGAAAAAACUAAAACCUGAAAAAAAAAAUGGAGGAAAGAGAAAUAAAAGAAUGGAAACUAGGAACACUAAAGAAUCAAGAGAAAUAGCUAGGGGGUCACCAAAGCAUAACACGACGAGCUGGAGCGAGCGAGGGUUGACUGGAAAAAACUAAAACCUGAAAAAAAAUGAAGGAAAGAGAAAUAAAAGAAUGGAAACUAGGAACACUAAAGAAUCAAGAGAAAGAGCUAGGGGGGUCACCAAACCGAUUCAAACCGAUAAAGGUCCCACGAUAGAGGUUGUGUGAGUAUUUCCAUGGGUAGUUUUAUGAGCCUAGUGAUGAUAGUUUGACGAGGCUUCUGCACCAUGAACGUGAAAACUACUCAAGAGGACUCGAAUCAUUCUCUCUCUCGAUCUGUCUAUCUGUCUGUCUGUUUGUCUGUUUCUGCCUCUCUCUCUCUCUCUCUCUCUCUCUCUCUCUCUCUCUCUCUCU